AAUAAGUGCUCUUAUUUUUCUAGUGUAGUCACUUUAUUAGAGAAACUGUGCUUUCCUGAAUUUAAAAUUGAAUUUUUUAAAUGAUGCAGAUUUCAUAAUGAUCGAGUCCAACUCAACUGUUACAGUAACACGGAGUAUUAUUAAACAGAAAAAAAAAAUUAAAUGAUUUUGCCUUUCCAAGAUUUUGUUUUCUCCAAAUCAUAAAGUGACAUUAGGAAUUUAAAACCUUUAAAAAUGGUAUAAAUUUGUAGCUUUGGUCAUACAAAAACAUCAAUGGGAAAGACAGAAACAAAAACAUCAACGGCAAUGAAUUUGCCUGUGAAGUACUUUGUGGUCGAUGCAUUCACUGAGUUAGCCUUCAAGGGGAACCAAGCCGCAGUGUGUUUCCUUGAAGAGGAGCAUGAGAAAGACGAUGCAUGGCUUCAGUCUCUGGCUGCUGAGUUUGACCUUCCCUUGACUUGUUUUCUUACUUCGAUCAUCGGCUCCAGUCCACCACGCUUUCUUCUCCGGUGGUUCACUUCUGUAGCUGAGAUGGAUAUAUGUGGUCAUGCAACAUUAGCAUCUGCUCACAGUAUCUUCUCAAACAGUUUGGCUGGUUCUUUUAAUACGGUCGAGUUUUCGACCCACACGGGGAUUCUAACUGCUAAAAGGCUCUCUGAUUGUGAUGCAAAAAGAUCUUUCUUGAUCGAAGUGAACUUCCCUGUGAUCACAACUUUUGAGUACAGCUCCAGUGAUGUCUCCAUCUUCUCUAAAGCCUUGGACGGAGCUACCAUUGUCGAUGUUCGAGACACUAAAACAGAUAAACUCACAUUUAAACCCUUGAAAGGAGCUUCCAAAACAACUUCAACUGAUCAAAUCAUGGUUGUGCUUUCAUCUUGGGAAUCUGUCAUUGAGUUGAAGCCAAGAGUGGAUGAUUUAAUGAAAUGCCCUGGCAAAGUGAUGAUUGUUACCGCUGCUGCUCCCCAAGGAUCUCCGUUUGAUUUCUGCAGUCGACUCUUUGCUCCAAAAUCAGGACUCAAUGAGGACUCUGUAUGUGGAAGUGCACACUGUUCAUUAGCACAUUACUGGAGCAUCAAGAUGAACAAGUGUGAUUUCGUAGCUUAUGCGGCUUCAAGAAGAAGUGGAACACUUAAGGUUCAUUAUGAUAAGGAGAAGCAGAGAGUCUCGCUCACCGGGAAAGCUGUGACUGUCAUGAAAGGCUCUAUCUUAGUUUAACCUUUGGCUGUUUGAUUUCUCGAACUCCCUAAGUGUUGUAAUAAAGUGAUAAUGAGAGCCAAUAAUAAAACGAGACUGAGUGCUCUAAGUUUGGCAAUAACGUAUUAAAUCUCAAAAUCAUGAAAACUUUGGAGAUAACAAGAAACUGUCUUCAUGACACCACAUCUCACUACAAGAUAGAUCUUUUACAAUCCUGAUGUUACAAAAAAAAAAAA